AUGGCUCUAGCAAAAACUGAUAAUAAAGCAAUAGCCUGUAAAUUUAACACAUCAUUGGUGAACAAUGGUACCUGCAAGGAACCAGAUACAGAUGAUAACAGCGACGCUCGGAAUCAGCGGUGUAACGGGUUGCUUCAUGAACUGCCUUGUGCAGUAAUCGCAAGCUUUAAUCGGGCUUUGCAAAAUGGACGAGUUCGCGUCGGGCUAUGCGAAUCAUUUGCCCUUUUGGAUGUAAAUCCGCUGGGGGUUGUGCUGUGCCUUUUACCACAUCUCGAGCACAAGCAGGAUCCACUGAAGCAUAUGCACGUUCUACUCGUGGAAGCUUUCUGCAAAGAACACUCCAUCCGUUCUGUAAAAGUCACCGAUAUGGAUGGAUUCUGUGGGUUGUUGAAGAUGGCCCAGCGAAUGCAGUGGUCUCGCAGUCCUUAUGAGGUGCCGCCUCCAGCCGAAACUGGCGAUUUGCUCAUUAUUGAGACUGCUUCCUGCGCAUGCGUGGAAGAUGUGCAGUUACAGCAUUUGUACGACACGAUGUCAACCACAUCCGGCGCCUUACUGCCUUUCAUUCUGCCGCCCAUAUUCCCGAAAUUUUUUGAGACGGUAUCCGAGAGAUGCUGA